CGGAUGGUGGUGGGGGUAGAGCAGUGUUGCGCCCCUAACCCAGCGGGUCUCCAGCCCCACGGGCAUGACCCAGUUCACUGCUCCUAUAAUCCUUGGAGCAUAGACAGGAUACCUCUUUCCUGCCUUUACUUCCCCUUGGGGUUCCACUACAGAGGUUGGAAGUAAAGGGGAGAGAAGCUUGGGGUGCCAGGAAAAGAGUCCUCUCAACUGGAUCCCGGAAAACUGUCCUAACCUGGAAUAUCCACGGAAAACACUAAUUGUGGUGCGGUCAGGGGGCUCUCUGGGGUUCUAGCUCUCCCGACAACAUUAGGUGAGAUUGACUUGAGGUGCCCCGCCCAGUUAUGGGUGGGGCUUCCAUGUGGUGUGUAGGGGAUUAUUAGACGCCGGCUCUUGGCCAUCCUCACCUCGCUUGGAGCCUUCAUCCAGUCCAGCCAUGAUCCUGUUCUGUCUGCUGUGGACCUGCGUUUUUACCGCCUUCCAUAUAAGGAAGAACUUCCUAGCGUAGAAGCUGCCCAACAAUGGAAUGGACUGCUUCCUGUCACUGGCUGUGUUCAAGCAGAAAGUGAUUGGUGUUUGUGGGGGUGCUUCAGAGGGGAUCUCUGCCGUUGGCUGCUGGACUGAACAAUAAAGGAUGUGAUGCACAGUUAAAGGAGAUGAGCUCCCAGUUUCCUUCUAGCCCAGGGAUCCUCUGAUGGCUGUACUUAGCCACGCACAUUCUUACCCAGCCCCCUUCAGGACUGUGCACUGGGAGAUGGCUGAUGUUGCUAGGGGGACAAACAUCUGCUGUGCACUCAUCUGCUUUCUAAGCUGUUGCUGAGUCAAUCCUCUCCAGUUUGGGUUCUGCUACUGGCUGUAAAAUGUCCAUAUGAAACCAUCCACUUUUUGUGAGAAAAGUCAAUACUUGGUGAAUGGAAUCUGCUGUGAGAAGUGCUCUCCAGGAACAAAGCUGGUCACUGAUUGCAGUGAGGACAGGGAAACCCAGUGUGAGUCAUGCCAAGAGGGCGAGUUCCAGUCUUCCUGGAACCAUGAUAAAUACUGCCAUCAACACAAAUACUGUGAUCCCAAUUUGCACCUCAAGAUUCAGGAGGAAGGCUCCUUAAAAGAGGACACUAUCUGCAUUUGCACAGAUGGUUUUCACUGUACUAGCCCAGAGUGUGACAGCUGCAGCAGCCAUAGCUCCUGCCCACUAGGCUUUGGCGUCAAGCUGAUUGGCACAAGUUCUACUGACACCAUCUGUGAACGUUGCAAGAAAGGCUUUUUCUCCAAUGUAUCCUCUGCUUCUGAAAAGUGCCUCCCCUGGACCAGGUGCAAAGCCUCAGGACUGGUGGAAAUUCAGGAGGGGACAGAUAAAACUGAUGUGCUCUGCCAAGAUGGUCCCAAAUCUCGAACGGGUCUCUUAGUGCUGAUCCCCAUAAUAGUAGGAAUCUUCUUUGUUAUCAUCGGCUUAUUCCACUGGAAAUGUCUGGGUUUCAAGGAGCCGAAGAACAAGGUUCUCCAGCAAGAGGCUUUGGGUACUUUGCACCCAAGAGGAAAUCCCCAGGAGAAUGAAGAGGAUCCCCUCCCAGUACAGGAAACCUUACUUCGGGGCCAGCCUGUCACCCAGGAGGAUGGCAAAGACAGCCGCAUUUCAGAACAAGAAGGACAGUGAGAGGCCAUGGGUCUCAGGGGCUGCCAGGGCCAAAACAAGGCCAGGCAUCGAGGCUCAGGGCAUCUUGAUGUGGGGGAAGCCCAAGAGUACUGAUAGCAGCAUUACCAGAAGCUGCUGUUCUGGAGGCAGAGGGAGGGGUGGGGGAAGUUCUGGGAGGGGGGCUGCCUGCUUCCCAUCUGACCCUUGAAGUGCAUGGUACAGAAGGUCCUGAGACUUUUUCCCCUUAGUAAUGACUUUAAUAUUUCCAGGCCCCAGAGUUCCCCUCUUGGCCCUGCUGCCUUUGCAUAAGGAGGGAAGAAAAAAGAAAAUGAUCCAGUUAUCCCACUGGCACAGUCUCCUAAAGCCGUAAGAGGGGAUUCCUUGCAUACGAACACACAUUGCCCACAAAGCACUUUUGAUCCUAAGGCUGGUCCUUCUGACCCCUUCCAUGCCAGAAGAUGGGAAGCUUUACUCUUUAGAAUCUACUUCAAGGCCCAGGGUCUUCCCACCCUCUCCCUCUUAACGUAGUGUGAGUGGCUGUUGCUGUUGCUGCUGGGUGCUCUAGUGCCCUGCUCCCCACCUUCAGGGAGAACAUCAGGAUAAAAAUAUAACAUCCCAUUAUCUUCCUGCAGUACCAGCUGAGGGGGAGACCAGACAGGAAGAGCAGAUGGAAAAAGAGCUAAGGAAGGGAGAAGGGGGUGGGGAGCAGUGGGAAGGCUGCCUUAGCUCAUACUGGAUAGGGCGCAAGUGCAAGGAAGGCGUGGAGGGGACACUCAGGCCGGAGUCAGUCUGUCUCACUAGGUGUUAUUUAUGAUCACUGAAAAGUGGGAUUGGGGUUGGGGUGUGUACACACUGCCUGGAAUGGUAUGAGGGUUGGCAUCUGUAGGUGACUUGGAGAUUGAUUAAAUAAAACUUUGAGGUCCAA